UUGAGAAUCUACAAUAUAGGAUUUUAUCGUCUGUGUAUUAAAAACUACGAAGAUGCAGAUGAAAGUCUUACCAUUGCACGAGGUGCUUAGUGUGCUAGCCUGGUUGGAAGGCAUAUGGGUGACAGACGAGCCCGCGGUGGGCAUGUUUCCGACCAUCAAAUCUUUCAACUACUACGAUGAAAUAAAUAUCACAUCUAUAGGCCAACCGUUGUUCAAUUACAUCGCGCAGAGCUGGCAUCCGGAAACGGGGACGCCAAUGCAUCGAGAGACCGGCUUUCUACAGGUCAUACCGGGCACCAACAAGGUCAUGCUCAGUCUGAUUGAUAAUAUAGGCAUAUUCACGGUCGAGCAAGGUGAAGUGGGCGGCGAUAGUAAAAUGAUUGAUUUGAAGAGUACAAAUAUAACAAUAACGGAUGCGUCGCCACCGCCUCUUGCGACUUUAACGGGGACUCGUCGGGUCUACCAACUCGAUGGUGAUCGUUUGGAACUGGUCUUUUACAUGGCGACGUCAAAAACGCCCGAAUUAUCGGAACAUUUGCGUGCAAAGUAUAAAAAGGUGGCAUAGAGAAGAUUCCACGCGUGUGGAAGACGCAGCAGUAUGAUAAAAUUUCGUACAAGUUAACAUUUUUCAUCUUGUGUUGUAAUUAUUUAAACAGGAUAUGAAUAAAGUUUUUAAGAACCGUGUGAUUAAUAA